AUGGUCAGUGCCGCACCAUUGUCUACCGCCGUGCCUUCUACCACACCGCCGCACCAUCCACCGUCCACCGCGCAGUUAGGGUUCUUGUCGUUUCUCUUGAUUGCAAGCUUACAUAUAGUUGUCCCACACGAGUUUCCGCAUUUGUCAUUUCCUCCUUCCCCAUCCUUCACUCAGAGAGCUAGCCUAAUCUUUGGAGACCCGUGGCAGCAAAAUACCCUUUUCUCUUCUCCUUUGGCAAACCCUGUCACCCCCGCCGUUAACCUCCUCCUCUCCUCUGGCCCAGAUCUUUCCCAAAUCCACUCCAUUCGCUUCUCCUUUCAUCACCCCCCCCCCCCCCGCGCAUCUUCUCCCAAACUCCCUUGCAGCCCCGUUCGCAUCCCCUAA